CACAGGAAAGGGGGUGUGUGGGCGCAGAUGGCAUGAGCAAUGAAUAGCAAGAGACGUUUGAACGGUCAAAAGAGGGAGCAAUGAUAGAAGUUCAGGACGGGAAGCCUACAGAGUAUUCUUUCUUCGCCUUCUUUGACUGUCACCGACCCCGAGAGAGAAAGGAAAAGACCGCGUGGUGUAGUUUUGGAUCCAACGCUCAUCGGGUUCUUUUGGAGGAGAAGCCCUGAAGCUGCGAGGAGGAAUCCUAAUCUGGACUGGGAUUGAGAUCUGGAUCUCGUUGUGGUAUAGAAUUUUUGCGGUUCAAGUCGAAGCAGAAGCCUGAAUUUGUACAUACGAAGGCUUCUAAUUGGAAAAGGACUGUGCAAUCCAUUGAAGUUCGUUUCUCAUAAGUAACUUUUUAUCAAGGAUGGCUUCUGUUAGUAUGGCGCCAUCAUCAGGAAUGAAAAAUACCGGUGGUAAUACUUUUGGCAUGGAUAAAUUGCCUGAAGAGAUAAAUGACUUGAGGAUAAGGGAUGAUAAGGAAGUUGAAGCAACCAUCGUUGAUGGAAAUGGUACUGAAACGGGACAUAUAAUUGUGACAACUAUUGGUGGUAGGAAUGGCCAGCCAAAGCAGACUAUAAGCUAUAUGGCUGAGCGUGUUGUGGGGAAUGGAUCCUUUGGAAUAGUUUUUCAGGCAAAAUGCUUGGAGACUGGUGAAACAGUUGCAAUAAAGAAGGUUCUUCAGGACAAAAGAUAUAAGAACCGUGAGCUGCAAACCAUGCGUCUUCUUGACCAUCCAAAUGUGGUCUGUCUGAAGCACUGCUUCUUUUCAACUACCGAGAAGGAUGAACUAUAUCUUAACCUUGUACUUGAGUAUGUGCCAGAGACGGUUCAUCGAGUAAUCAAGCACUAUAACAAGAUGAACCAAAGAAUGCCGCUAAUAUAUGUGAAGCUUUAUACAUACCAGAUCUGUAGAGCAUUAGCUUAUAUCCAUGGCAGUAUAGGGGUUUGCCAUAGAGACAUCAAGCCACAAAAUCUUUUGGUUAAUCCACAUACACAUCAACUAAAAUUAUGUGAUUUCGGAAGUGCAAAAGUCCUGGUGAAAGGAGAGCCGAAUAUAUCUUAUAUAUGCUCCAGAUAUUACAGAGCUCCUGAGCUGAUAUUUGGUGCAACUGAGUACACCUCAGCAAUUGACAUCUGGUCUGCUGGCUGCGUUCUUGCUGAGCUUCUAUUAGGGCAGCCUCUCUUCCCUGGAGAGAGUGGAGUAGACCAACUAGUUGAAAUAAUAAAGAUUCUAGGCACCCCAACUAGAGAAGAAAUCAAAUGCAUGAAUCCAAAUUAUACUGAAUUCAAGUUUCCUCAGAUCAAAGCUCAUCCGUGGCAUAAAAUUUUCUACAAAAGAAUGCCACCUGAAGCUGUAGAUCUUGUUUCUAGGCUUCUCCAGUACUCCCCAAACCUUCGCUGCACGGCGUUUGAAGCAUUAAUCCACCCUUUCUUUGAUGAGCUUCGAGAUCCAAACACCCGCUUACCAAAUGGAAGGUUCCUUCCACCUCUCUUUAAUUUUAAGCCUCAUGAGUUGAAGGGAGUUCCCGUGGAGAUGCUACUGAAACUCAUUCCGGAACACGCCAGAAAGCAGUGUCCUUUCCUAGGUCUGUAAUGUGUUGGAAAGAUCAUCAAAACUAUCCUGCUCGACUAAAAGAUUUCAGAAAGAAUGACAAGUCUGCGGCAUUAGCUGGCCAUGUGAACUUUUCUCUUGAAUUUUUUUUUUAUUUGAAGCUUUCCAUAGCCCUCGGUGCCUAUUGUAAAGCAGAUUUAGAAGGUAUGCGGACCUUCAAAAAUCUUUGAUGACUUUUCUAACUCCUGCUUUCCUUCUCUAUCUAUUCUGCAACAAAUUUGUAGUAUUAAUACGAAGAGAUUAUUUUUAUUGAGUUUCUUUUGUCUUUGUUUGAACA